GCUUUCGUUCUUCUUCCACUCCACUCCUCUCCUCUCUUCUCCUUGGGAUCCCGAUCCCGCUUCUCCUCCUGUAUAUAUUUCUAAUUCUUUCCUACUCAACUUUACUGGGAUGCUCCAAUCAAGUGCCAAUGCACCACGAGCACGCGCAGGCCAGGAAGCCCGUCGCCCUCUCUCCGCUCAGAUGACGCUAAUAAUGGCCUCGUCGAGCCUCGCCCGCCUCUUGGUGGCCUUGUUGCUGACGUCGUUAGCCCUCCUUUUGUGUCGAUGCGUUGGUGCACGACUAUGCUGGCGAACGGUUCGCGAUCGAUGGCAAUGCCUUCGUCCUCUACGGCGGCAGCGAGGGAGUCUAUGCCUCCGCUAAGGCGGGCGCGUUCAUCCGAUACGUUUUUGAAACCACCUUCGAGAAAGUCACGUUCAGAAGGAUGCCCGAGUCGGCGACCGCGACCGAGGAGGACGGCAUCUGCACGACCACGGUCACAACGGUCAUCUUCAAGGCCGGCGAUUGCGACACCGUUGGGGGUGCGGACGUCUCCAUCGCCGGCGGGCGCGCACUCUGCUGCACGCGGGACAUGGCGAGGCUCGAGGCCUGCACAGAGGGGGCAGUGACGUACUGCGCGUGGAACGGCAGCACCGGCUGGCCCAUGGUGCUCACGGCCUCCAUCCUCCUGGGCGGCCUCGACGCGGCUUUCCCGGAUGAGACCGUCGCCGUGGCGCGCACCGACAUGUACACGCUCCUGUUCGUCCACUGCAACGCGUCGCUUGCCGACCAGCAAGUGGCCACGGUGAAAGUCGCCUAGAGAGGAGGCGAAUAGGGCGAAUCUUAAAUUUAUAAACUUAAGCACAACUACAAGCCAGGUUAGCGUUAGAAAUAUGAACGAGUCCGGGAGAAAGGGCGAAAAACAAAUCGCAAGCAAAUAAAGAGUGAGACGCAAGGAUUUGUUUUACCGAGGUUCGGUUCUUGCAAACCUACUCCCCGUUGAGGUGGUCACAAAGACCGGGUCUCUUUCAACCAUUUCCCUCUCUCAAACGGUCACUUAGACCGAGUGAGCUUCUCUUUCUCAAUCAAACGGGACACAAAGUCCCCGCAAGGACCACCACACAAUUGGUGUCUCUUGCCUCAGUUACAAUUGAAUUGAUCACAAGAAAGAAUGAGAAAAAGAGGCAAUCCAAGCGCAAGAGCUCAAAUGAACACAAGUCACUCUCUCACUAGUCACUAUUUGAUUGGGAAUGAUCUAUGGACUUGGGAGAGGAUUUGAUCUCUUUG